CUCCACCGUUCACACCAAUAUCCCAACUGUGGCUCGAAAUGAUAUUUGGUGGUAAACAUGCUCUCCUCGCUAUGCCAGGAGCUACGUUGUAGUGCACUUCUUUGUUUGACAGCGACAGCCACGCUGCUCUUCCACUCAUCAUGACCACACUAGUGCCAGCUCAGCUGUCCUUCCUCGCUAUCUACAAUCCCGAGCUAGGCCGAACGGACGAAACAUUCAGGGACCAAGUAGUAUACUGGUUUUCGAGGUCGGUAAAGGAGCGUAGGAAAGAUGGUGCAAGAGCUCUUCAGGACGAUGAGAACGAGAAGCUCCGCCAAAUCGGCUUAGCACAGGGCAUGGUGGACUUUGCAAAAAGCUUCGCCAACGGGCAGCCGGUCGACAGCAUCGACACAGAAAAAAGUCGCAUCGUGGUACACGAGCUGGAGGCGAAUUGGUGGAUCCUGGCAAGUAUUGAUUUGACGAAGGUACCGACCAAUGCGCAGCCUGCAUCGAGUGAUUCCAAGGGCAAAGAGCACGAGACAGCGAGCUCCAAGUAUGAGUACUCUAGCCGUGAAGUAGCGCCAGCCCAGCUAUUGCAUCAGCAGAUCGUCGAUGGUCAUCGCACCUUUUUGCUCCACAACGGAUCCUCAUUGUCGGCCCUACACAACAAGCUCUCGAGGCAAAAGUUUUGCGGCUUGCUGGAGAGAUUCUGGAAUCGAUUUUGUCACAACUGGGAUGUUCUGCUGCAUGGGAAUCCUGCCGUUGAGGUGUUUGGGGGACUUAAGCUUGCUGCUGGCGGCGAGCUCGGAAUGGGCGUUGGCGAAGAAGAAUGGGGCAGUGGGGAGAGGGAGGUCCUGGAAGACUUUGCAAAACGGACAGACGGUUUGGUGGAUCUGACUGUCUCACGGUUUGGGGAGCCAUCUAGUGCACAAGUUGGUGGAUUAAAACUGUCUGCAUCCAAAGGGCAAAAUGCACAGGGUUUGAAAGAGCUGGAUAUAUGGCUUGGCGCUGGGAAUCAUGCUCAAGCUGGCGAUGGUAUUGUCUUCUCCGGUGUAGGGGCACUUUCUCGAGCAUCUCUUCGGGAUAUCAGCCGCUGGACUCAAGACAUCUAUGCAUAUGGAGAGUCUGCAUAUGGCGUUGGUUUAUCUCCAAGCAACGAUAGACGUAAAAGAAAGCGACGGCAGCCUGCAGCACCAGCUGAUAAACAUUCAUCAGAGUCUCUGGCGCAAAAUAGGAACAAACCACCAAUACCACCAAAAGUCAAAACACCUCCAGGCAUACCACCACCCAUCGUAUCUGCUGUAGAGAGAUCAUUGGAGCGAGCUACGUCGUCUCAUGAUAUAAGAAAGGCGAAAGCGGCUCCAGAACGGAAAGAUACAGAAAAAGACGAGUCUUCGAUAUGGACAAGAUAUCUUACCCUCGGCUACGGCUCUGCCUGGGGUACAAAUAGAAAUUCGACUCCAAUCAAACGUGAGGACUCGACAACACUCGAUAUAGAAGCCGAACAUGAACCAGAACCUGUCCUGCGCCAGGUAGAUCCGGAGCCCGAGGCAGAGGCUGAUUCAGACCUGGAUCCCGAGGCUGAAUUAGAAAAACGUUUGAAGACACAAAUGGAACUUGAGCAAAACGGCCAUUUCUUAAUUGGUCUGAAGGGAGAACUGAACGACGAAGCACAUUUAGUAUCAAAUGACUCGGGGGAUGACGAAUGGAACCAACGCACAUCCGUACGCACACUCCAUGUCGAAAUAGUGAAGGAUAAGCGUCAAGAACUUGAGCUAGAUCCAUCGCCGUUAGAGACACCUGGACCGCCCACCACGUCAUCUGACAAGCCAAAACGCUCCAGAGUACGUGUGAUUGUCUAUGUGCAUCGACCAUUCAUUUACACAUUUUUGUUUCAUCCAAGCACAGAAAGUUUGUCACUUCCCAGCUUUUACAGGAACUUGCACACAUUCUUCGCUCCUCUACACAAGCCGCUAAGUGCAAGCACGUCACCUGCACACGUUGCAUCUCGUAUAGCGGCAGCGACUCCAGAAUCUGUCCCCCCGUCGACAACAUCCUUCAAACCAGGGAGCCAAAACCAGCCCAUUUUCGAUCUAGUGUAUGAUCCGAAAACACUCACUAUCCACGCCAGUAUACCAAACAUACCGGUGCCUGGCUCUUUAGCAGCAGAGGGUCUGACAUUGGCUCCAGGAGGCAGUGUGAUACCUGAGGGAUGGACAAGGGCAGAGGCGCUCAACGUGCACUCGGCAAUCCUCGAAAUUAUUCGCAGCACGCGACCUAUGCCUGGGGUGGUUGGCGAGGCCGGGGAGCGUGAGCUUGAGAGGAGUGUCAAGACGGGACGGGGCUGGUGGGUUGUCUGGAUGCGCCUCGAUGAUAAGGCGCACCUUGAAAAGCAGCAGCAACAGCAACCCGAAGCUGAAUUUGAAACAUUAUCCACUGAUGCCACCCCAACCUCCAAGACCUCGAUGAUAGAUGCUGAAAAAGGAUAUUUCCCCACUCAUGACGACGAAACGGACCCAGAUAUAGCUGUGCUAGCGGACUCUCGAGAGGCGAUUCUGGUACGUCGAGCACGCGACGCGGCGCCUUCGGGCAAGAGCAAAGCACGUGCUACAAGCGGAAUAUGGAGUCUAGGUAUAGGUGGAGGCGGUGAUUCGAGCGGCAAGGACACUGGGAGCGGAUGGGGGCCAGCCAGGCUUGCCGAGGGAGUUGGUGUGGAUGCCAGGAAGUAUGUUGAGGGAUUGUUGAGCCUCAAUCGAUGACCGCGAUUCGGGGCGAGUUUGGGUAACCAUGACAUCCACAACUCUACGCUUAGAGAGACACCUGGCCACACGAUCACUCUGCCCUGGAUGAAGGCAUAGGUAGAAUGCACGCUGCCAUAAAGUGGUCGCGAAAGCUUUGACAAACUGAUAUUACAAUGAUUCCAUACUUGAUUCA